AUGUCUUCAAUACCGCGGUCGGAAGACCAAGUAGCAGCCACUCACAAGUCUUCUAACCAGGCAGUGUCUGUGUCCACAGCUGGUAUCAGAGCCCUUAUCUAUCAGCUACAGGCGCUAUACCUUAGAACACCGGUCAAAUUGUUCCGUCCUUCGCGGUUUGACUACCUUGCGUACGUCAGAGAAUUGGCAAACAAGCACGAUAACUUGGACGGGAAGCCGUACUCGGUGAGAACACACUCAUCUCUUGCGAUGCUCAUCAAUGUGAUCCGCAAGGAAGGCUGGAAAUUCAUUCCAGAGAAGGUGCUACCGCCCCUUUUGGCCAAUUCGGCGACGGGUUUGAUAUUGUACGGAACGUACUUGACCGUGCUAGAUCUGUAUGAAAGUAAAAGAGUAAGAAAGCUGGAAUUGGAAAGCGCUGGCACUGGUGGUGGCGGGUUCCUCCAGAGGAAGCACGAUGAGUUUUACUUUUACUCGCCCAUAGACACCUGGAGGGCUGGGUUUAUAGCGGGGGCUGCGCAGUCGUUUGCUGCUGCCCCUGUGGAUGCGAUAUACACCAGACUGACUGCCGCAGAGAUGCUUAAUGGGAAGCAUCAGAACUUCUGGGUGUACGGAGCAAUGAAGCUUCGAGAAAUUGGACUUACGGGAGUCUUCGCAGGCUACAGCUUUUCCCUUAUCAAGGAGAGUUUGGGCUUUGCGUUCUACUUUUCCACAUUUGAAAUCAUCAAGACUCAGGGCUAUAACCUCACCUACAAGCUAAUUGCAUCUUAUAGAAAGUUUAAGAUGAGGAUCCUGAGUACCUUCGACUUGAUUCUUCCCCUGUCCGGCAAGGAGCCCGAAAUAGACCCGGAACUAGUCAAGCUAGAAAAGACCCGACUGACCAAGAUCUUGAAGUCUUCAUUCGUGUUACUAGCCGGGGCCUCGGCGGCCUUCUCCCUACUUGCUGUCCAAUAUCCUAUUUCCAAGAUACAGAAGAUUCACUUAUCGAGAUUGGAAAUGUUGGACAACUACAACGCUUCACACGCCGCCCAGUUCCCUACGAGACGGAAGAGACCCUUCAUAAAACUCUACUACAACUCUUACAUCGAUACUUACUACCAAAUAGUCAAGUACAAGAGGAAGUCCAAGCUCACAUGGUUCCAGUUGGGGUACAAGGGAUUCGUCAGGAACGCCCUAACCGCUAUACCUGCAACAUCUGUUGGAUUGCUAGUGUUUGAAAUCAUGAGAACCAAAAUGUCAGAUGACCUAGAUGAACCAUUGGCCUAA